AUGGUGGCUUGGUUCAAAAGCGAAGAUGCCGGGCCAGAAUGGGCGAGCGCCGUGGGCACCUGGAAGGGUCGCGUGACGAAGGGCAGCGUCACCGAAAAGGUCGAGGCUGGAAAUGGGGCGCACAGACCUGUGCGGUACCUCUCCGGCAAUACCCACGCCGGAUAUGACUUUGGCAAGAUCAUGAAGCCGGACUUCACGAUUUGUUCAGUCACCCGCUACCUUCAAGGAGGUAAGAAGUCCCGCAUUCUCACAAACAAAGACCCUAACUUCCUCCAUGGCCACUGGCAAGACAGUGCAGGUCUUGCUCAUUACAAGACUUGGGCGACGUCGCACGAUGUUCCGAGCAGCACCGACUGGCUUGUGAUGUGCGGCAACAACAAGAAAGUUGUCUUUGUGGGCAACGAGCGGAGGAACAUUGCUACCCAGGAAACUCCUCUUCACGACACGGAUUUCAACUUGUACAUCAACGAGGGAUACGAGCAGGAGUUCUCCGACUUCGGUGUCAUGGAGAUCAUCACAUGGAACCGUGCACUCUCUGAAGACGAGAUGUGGACCAGCAUGGAGUACCUGAACUCGAAACUCCAGGCGCCUGCGGACCCGUCUUCCAUGGUGGCUUGGUUCAAAAGCGAAGAUGCCGGGCCAGAAUGGGCGAGCGCCGUGGGCACCUGGAAGGGCAGCGUGACGAAGGGCAGCGUCACCGAAAAGGUCGAGGCUGGAAAUGGGGCGAACAGACCUGUGCGGUACCUCUCCGGCAAUACCCACGCCGGAUAUGACUUUGGCAAGAUCAUGAAGCCGGACUUCACGAUUUGUUCAGUCACCCGCUACCUUCAAGGAGGUAAAAAGUCCCGCAUUCUCACAAACAAAUACCCCAACUUCCUCCAUGGCCACUGGCAAGACAGUGCAGGUCUUGCUCAUUACAGGACUUGGGUGACGCCGCACGAUGUUGCGAGCAGCACCGACUGGCUUGUGAUGUGCGGCAACAACAAGAAAGUUGUCUUUGCGGGCAACGAGCGGAAGAACAUCGCUACCCAGGAGGGUGUUCUUCACGACACGGAUUUCAACUUGUACAUCAACGAGGGAUUCGAGCAGGAGUUCUCCGACUUCGGUGUCAUGGAGAUCAUCACAUGGAACCGUGCACUCUCCGAAGACGAGAUGUGGACCAGCAUGGAGUACCUGAACUCGAAACUCCAGGUCGCGGGGCAGGUGUGCCCAGGCCUUCCCAUGGGAGACCGCUUCAUUCAGCUCGGGGAAUGGCGACUGGGUGAGCAUGACGAGAACCACUUCUCCAUCUCACACAAGGAUGGGUGGACGGCCCAGAUCUUCCGCAAUGACGGCACCCUGCACCCUGGCCCCCGCCGCGACUAUGGGAUCUGGAAUAGACAGAUCGGGAAGCCAAAAGGGAUCAAGUUUGGCAGCAACUGGGUCGAGAUUGGCGCCUUCCGCAUCGGAACCAUCGACAACAUCCACUUGUCAGUCGCGCAUAAGGGUGGCAAAACCGCGCAGAUCUUCAGAAAUGACGGCCAUUUGUUCCCGGGGCCGCGUGGAGACUUUGGCACUUACGGAAGGCCGUCCGCACUCUCCGGGAUCUCUGAGGGCGACCGUUACCUCCAAAUCGGCCAGUUCCGCCUGGGGGAUGUCGAUGGCCAUCACUUUACUGUGAUCCACACAGGCCUCAGCAAGACGAUCCAGAUCUACAGAGAUGAUGGCACACUGCACCCAGGUCCUCGAAAUGAUUGGCAGCAGCUCGCCACGAGGAGCUCGGAGCCCUGUGACUAA